ACUCAAGGGCAUGGCGGACGAUAAAUAAAUAGAACUAGGAUGUCAAUUGCAGGUGAGGGCCGCGACCUUCUAGGAGGUCUGCCACCCGACAUCUUGCACACGCGAAUCCUUGCUAAGCUCGGCGCUGCCGGCUGGCGAUCUUUGCGGCUUACCAACACAUACUUCGCGGCUCAACACAAGCAGCAUGCAGCGCAGCUGGUCGUCCGGCUUUGCGACGAGGCCUUGCGAGCUCUUGCCGCCUGUGGGGGCUUGCUGGCUCGCUACCCCCACUGCACGCAUCUGGAGCUGGACUGCGACCCCUCGCCCCUCACCCCGCUGGCUUCCGUCGCCGAGGUCGCCGAGCUGCUACAACUACUGUCUCGGCCGCAGCAGCGCGAUGAGCUGGGGCCCAUCGGCUGCGCCACCGUCGGCGGGGGCUGCAGCAGCAGCAGCAGCAGUAGCCUGACGCUGCGGCAUGCGGAAUGCUCGCCCGGACUGGGCGGGCUGCAGCCCCUCUCCCUGGGCCUUACGGCAGCGGCUACAGCCGAUGGCAAACACGCCACAGCAUCUAGGCAACCCGACGCAGGCGCCCAUGAAGAUGCAGCCACGGAGGCAGCGACACGGCUGCAGCAGCAGCUGCGGCUUAGCGACAAGCGUGGCGCCAGCGGCGGUAGCGACGAAGGACCUGCCGGGUCAGCUGCUGAGCAGGAGCCGGAAGCCUUGCAGCUGUGUGCUAUCGCUCUCGCUGACUGCCUCGGCUCACACGGUGGCCUCACAGAGCUGCGCUUCGCAUCGGCGCCGUGGCGGCGGCCGCAGCCGCGCUCGGCAGCAGGGGGCGGCGGCGGGGACGCUGGCGGCAGUAGCAGCCGCUGCCGGCGUGUGCUGGCGCCGCUGGCCCUGAUACAGCAAGUCAAUGCUGCCCUCUGUGCGCAGCCCGGCUCCGCAAAAGCCGCAGCAUCGGGCAGCGCAACGGACGGCGUGGGAGGCAACGGCGGGCUGACCGGCAGUAGCAGUAGCAGCGCUGGCGGCAGUAGCAGUGGCGGCGGGCACAGUGACCUGGGUCUGCGGUCUGUUGUGAUAGACUGCAGCACGCCCAGUGCCGACCCUUAUGAGGCAGAGCUGCUCGACCUGCACCUGCCCAGCCUAACCCUGCUACUGCUGGACUUCGCGGCUUGUAGCGGCGGCAGCACUUCCAGCGGCCUACACCCCGUCUUCGGUUCCAUGGCCCUUUUACCGGCAGCCUCUGCCUCUGCCUCUGCUGCCCCUACUGCCUCUACUGCCUCUGCUGCCUCCACUGCCACCGCUGCCGUGUUGCACAGAGGCGCCGCCCAGCCGCCGCGCCUGCCGCUGCGGCCGCUGCCGCCCUCGCCGCUGCGCCUGACCCGCCUGACGCUGUGCGGCGUGGCGGUGCCCGCCGCCGCCCUGUCCAGCCUGCGGCACCUGGCAGCCGGGGGGCUGCAGCGCCUGCACCUGUCCCUCUCCUGCGCCCGGCCCUACGAGCCGCUGGUGGGCGCCCUGCCACACCUGGCGCCCAGCCUCACACACCUGCACCUGCACCUGCACACGCCGCCGCCGCUGCCGCCGGCCGCCGCCGCGGUGGCGGCGGCCGCGGAGCGGGCCUGGCGGCAGCAGCACCGGCACGCCUCGGGCCCCCGGGACCCGGAUGCCCAACCACAUGCGGGCAGCGCUGCCGGCAGCGGUUGCAGCGGUUGGAGUGAUGGCGCUUGGGGUGGCGGCAUUGGCGGGCGGCGGCACAAGCCCAAGCCCAAGCUGCCGCAGCCGCCGCACCUGGACGAGCUGUGCGAGUAUGGGGAGGUGGGGUGGCACUGGCGGCGGGAGCUGCUGGAGGGGGGCGUGCUGGCGGCGGGCGGCGAGUGCGGCGUGUACGGCGGCGCAGGCGGGGCCGGCGGCGGCGGCGGCGGCGGCGGCGGCAGCGGCGGCGGCAGCGGCGGCUCGCGUGCUCCGGACCUGGACGCGUCUCACCUGGCGGCGGUGGUGGCUCAGUGCGGGCGACUGGUGGCGUUGGAGCUGCCGGGGGAGGAGCUGGACCCACACAUGCCGCUGCUGCUGCAGUGUCUGACGGCGCUGACGCACCUGGAGGCGCGGCAGCUGGCGCCCUGGCGGCUGGACCGGCACGCCGCCUUCCCGCGCCUGCGCUCCCUGGCGCUGCCCAUGGCCUGGCCGCAACACCUCACGCCGCUGCUGCGCCACCUGCCCGGACUGGCGACGCUGAGGGCGGACCUGUACCUGCACGCGGAGGGCCGCGGGCAGGGCAGGCCAGGCGGAGGCGGCGGCGGCGGGAGGAGGAGGAGUGGAGGAGGAGGGCGAGGAGGAGGAGGAGGAGGGGGAGGGAGCAGGGAGCGGCAGCGGCAGGGAGGGAGGGAGCGCGGCAGGGGCGGCGCAGGAGGUGGUGGAGGGGGAGGGGGAGGGGGAGGAGGAGGCGGGGUGGAGGUCGAGUGUGAGGGGGCGGCGGAGCUGUAUACCCAGCUGGCGGCGCUGGCGGGCGGGCUGGGUGGCGUGCGGCACGUGGAGCUGCAGCUGUCAGUCAUGAGGCACGAACCCUGGGACUGGGCGCUGGUGCUGCGGGAGGUCCUGUCCGUGCCCGGCCUGCGCGGCCUGAGCCUGCGCCUGCCCCAGCCCGACAGCGGGCCGCCGCUGCGGCCGCCGCACCUGUCGGCGCUGUGCGGCCGCGCCCGGCGACUGACGCGGCUGGCGCUGCUGCUGGGCCCCGGCGCCGACUGCUCCAGACUGGAGAUGGGAUGCUGGCUGCACGCGCUGCGGGAGCUGCCGCGCCUGCGACUGGUGCAGCUGUACACGGGGGAUCGCCCCAGCCCCGCAGGGGCAGUGUCAGUGCCAGGCGGAGGCUCCAAGUGCGGGGCCAGCAGCGGCCGCCCACGCAGCCAGUCCACGACCGCGCUCGUAGCAGCCGGCGUCGCUAGGGCCGCGCCGCAGCGAGGCACGGCGGCGGCUCCAGCGCUGAGGCCGGCGGCGGCGGCGGUUCUGGAGGCCGGUCGUGGAAUACAGGGGGUGCGGCCCGGCACGGUGGCUGUGGGCAGUGGUGAUUAUGCAGGACGGAAAGGCCGGCGGCGGCAGCGGCGGCAGCGCAGGGAGCGGGCAGCGCGGCGGCGCGGCGGCGGCGGCGAGUCGGACUGCGGCUCUUCCUCGUCGUCGUCGUCGGGCGGCGCACAUGGCGCGGCUGGCGGCGGCGGCACCAGUGACCGCGAUGCCGGCAGUGGCAGUGACCACCGGGGUGGGGAUGCCGAUGCUGGAGGGUGCAGUGAUGCCGGCGGCAGCGGUGGUGGCAGCAGCGGCGACGGCGGCAGCAGCGAGGUAAGCAGCUUGGAGGAUGACCGCAGCAGCUCCUCGGGUGGUGGUGGCGGAUGGAGCGACGGCCACGCGGCGGCGGCGCGGGAGCUGGGGCCAGAGGCUGCCGCAAGGGCGCAGCGAGGGGAGCGCGGUGAUGGCGGCGUCCGUGUCGUGCAGUUGCAGUGCAGCUUCCUGACGGGGGCAGAGGCGGAGACUAUCAACAUGGCACUGCGGGAGCAGCGAGGCGCGGGGACAGAGGUGGUGGUAGCGGCGGGCCUGCACCCGCGCUGGGUGUGGGCGCAAGGGCCGAUGUCGGACGCAGACUGAGGUGGUCUAACCGAGUGGAUGGCUACGGAGUUACCAUAUACGGUACUGCUGCCGCAGAUCUUAAGACCACUCGCGGGCCCGUGGCGAAUAGGCGCAAUCAGCGGGUGCGGGUGGGUGAAGCUAAUGCACAUGUUUAGACCGCUCGCAGACUCGGGGGCGCUCGUGGACGACAUUUUGUUACAGGCAGAGCUGGGGGACAGGUCAUGCGGUCAUGCGGUCGUAGGGUUUCGCCAUGCCCCAUCGCGUGCCGGC